CAUUGUCCGUCCGCGUCGCCGCGUUAAGCUCCGGCUGAUCACCUGACUCGGGCCCCACCUUUUGGGGCCCGGAUAACGACGGCUUUUGUCGGAGUGUUAAAUGUACAAACGCCGCCCCGUCGCCUGGUUCCCACUUACCUGCAGAGCCAGCGCACAGCCAUCUGAAAGGUCGCGGGGAAAAAGUCACGUGACCGAGUGGCUGGCUGCAGAAGGACACCGACAUGAAGUGACCUGAAGCAGGACAACAGUAACGUCCAGAGGCCUCGCGCCGCGUCGGUUGGAGCUUUUUCCACCUCGACAACAGCCGUUUAGUUCAGUUAAUUAAAGAUGGCGUCGAAGAGCGCGGCGGCGGCGUUCAGUCCUUUCGCCCUGCACGCUGUACGCAGCCUGACGGCGAUGAAUAUGCGGAUGUGCAGCUCCAAACUGGCAACCCAACAACACCAGAAACUAAAGAGGUCUCCCUCCAGACCAGCGGCCAGUGAGACCCAUGACUGGAUCGGGCCCCCGGACCGUCUCUCUAACAUGAGGCCCAUCGUGUACCGCGUCCCCCAGAACGAGUCUGAGCUGGAGGGACGGCUCCGGCGCCUGAGACAGGACACCGAGGACUGGAACCACGACUUCUGGACCCGGCAGAACAUCAGCUUCACCCAGGGAAAGGAGACGUUCAUCUCCUCCCAACUGAACACAAAGGGCUUGACAGGGCGCGAUGAGAACGGGCGCCGGAGAACUCUGAACAGUGAAGAAAUGUCUGUGUUUUACAAAAGUUUUCUGGACACGAACAAGACGCGACAUGCAGAUUAUAACAAGGAAUGGUACCGACGUAACUUCACCAUCACCUUGCUCAUGGCCCGAGUCGCCCUGAAGAACACGUGGAGGACUUUUACUGAAAGAUGCAACCGCAAGAAACCCGUCCCUCCUAACGGCUGAUGACUAAUAAACAUUUACCUUUA